CCAAACCAAAAACAGAAUAGUUAUGCUUCUUUCUCAUACAAACUCUGUUUUUAUUCCAUCAAUGGAAAUUGAACCCGUCAAAUCAUUUUCUCUACUCAUCAAAACAUUUUCAAACCCCAUUUUACAGCAGAAAUUACCCAGAAACAUUUCCCCUUAACCUAAACCCAAAAGCCGAAAACUUUCUCAGGGAAAAAAGAAAAAAGAAAAACUCCCAAUUUCUUGAGCUUUGAUGGAGAAUCCAGAAGACUUUAUGGUUGAAGAGAGAGAAGAGUACAUGAUUUCACCAACUGGUGGAAACCCAUUUCUCAAAAUAGCCUGUUUUCUAAAACCCACUUCGUCAUCCUCCAUAAAUGAACCUCCUUUGAAGCUCUCUCAUUGUUUCUCCUCCCUCCGAUCACAUUCUGGGCCAAACAAAUGGCCUUUGAAGGUUCAAUUUCGCGGAUGGCCGCCAGGCCGAGAAGAUUGGAAAACUUGGGUUGGUCAAAUGGCUUCUGUUCACCAACCCACAUGGGAGAAAGCUGGUAUAUACGAAGCAAUCAUUAACUCAACGUACCAUAUAAGAAGAGAGAACGAUUUGGUUUAUGGGUUCGCUGAGAAAUGGUGUUCUGAGACCAAUACUUUCAUUUUUCCAUGGGGUGAAGCAACCAUCACCUUGGAGGAUGUUAUGGUUUUAGGGGGUUAUUCUGUUUUGGGAGACUCUGUUUUGAGCCCUCUUGAAAUCCCACGACUGAAACAAAUUCAAAACAAACUACUUGAAUUGCGAAGAGAGAUUUGCAAGAGUGCUGGGUUAAAAGACGUUUCCACAGACUUAUGGCAGAAGAAGUUCAUGAACAGUGGUAUUGAAUUCGAGCACGAAGCAUUUCUUGUCUUUUGGUUGUCCAGGUAUGUUUUUCUUGGUGCUAGUUAUAUGAUACAUACCGGAGUUUUCUCCAUUGCAAUUCAUUUAGCUAUGGGGACCAGAAUUGCCCUUGCGCCUGCUGUUCUGGCGAGUGUUUAUAGAGAUUUGGGUUUGUUGAAAGGGAAAAUUGUAGCUUCAAACCAGUUGAAAAUAGAUGAUGCUUUUAUAGAACUCGUCCUUAAGUCACCAUUUCAAUUAGUUCAGGUUUGGGCAUGGGAGAGAUUCUUGGAACUUAGGCCAAAGCCCAAUGGUAUCAAUUAUGCAGAGCCAAGAAUGGCUAGAUGGGAUAAAGUAAACGGCCCGAAAGUUCAAAACUUGAGGAUGGUUAUAGACAAAGCUGGAGGAGAUUUCAAGUGGCGCCCUUAUGCCUUGGCCAUUGAGAACUGGAAUUUGCCUAAAUGCUAUCCACACAGGGAAAAGUGGGUUUGUGUUGGUCCUGAAUUGGAUGAUGAGUUACUGUCAUUUGUUAGAUGCGUGUGGGUCAGUGAGCUAGUUGGACUUGGUACUAUAGAGCAUUACCUUCCGCAUCGCGUAGCUAUGCAAUUCGGAUAUGAUCAAGACCUUCCGUGUUCUGUUUCUCGACCUAAUCACAAUUCUGAUAUAGCCUGGAAGCAUUACAACGAGGAAAUCAAGAAUGUAAAGUUGUAUCUUCCAUGCAGGCUCUUUGAGGCAGAUGUUAGCACAAAGUACUUGAAGUGGUGGAAGCAAUCAGUUUCAGGUCUUGAAGAAGUCGCUGUGCCACGAAAAAAGAGAACAAAGAGAACAAAGAGAGUGAAAUUGUUAGUAUCGCCUGGUUUUCCUCCCAAACGUAAAAGAAUGGAACCUGAAGAUCCUAUUGAUGAGGAUAAACUAACUGUAUCAGAGUUUUUGAAAUACUGUAAGAAGCAUGAGAACUUUGGGAUUAUAGAAGGUAGUGACAGUGGGAAAUUAUCAAGUCAAGCUCAACAUUUUGCAUCAUCUCCAAUUGCACAAGAAAGUUAUGUUAAUACCAUGAAUUCAGAUGAGAACAUUGUAAGCCUCGUCCGUGAUGAAUUUCAGAAACGUCAGUCGGAGCUUGAAGCUAGAUUUAAAAGGAUUAAAAACGUUGUUGACGAGUUAAGGGCAUAUAUAUUUUAGGAAAAGCUUAUGAAAGAAGACCUCCUAUGAGUUGGUAUGUCCGAAACCUGGUGCAGGGACAA